UGUUACCUCUCGUUAUGGCGACUGAAGGCGCAGAAGUGUUGAGCGAGGAAUUCUCAAACCCGUCAGGGUAUGAAGCCCUUGAGGUCGGUAACUUGCCCCAGCCUGAUUUAAGGAUAUCUAAAGACACAGGAGUAACAGACAUGGCAGCUCCAUCUUUAGCCUACAACGCACCUCCAGAGACUGGAGAAGAGGAUAUGGAGGAUCGAGAAUUGCCUGUGGAUUUUGACAGACAGUGGAAGCUAGUGAAUGAGAAUCCACAGGAUUUCAACAGCUGGACUGAUUUAUUACAGUACUGUGAACAAGAGGGGCAUUUAAAAGCAUCUCGUCAGGCUCUAAGCGCAUUCCUGGCAAGAUACCCGCUCUGCUACGGCUACUGGAAGAAGUUUGCAGAUUUGGAAAGGCGAGCAGGACACAACACAAAAGCUGAGGAGGUAUGUGUUCAAGGACUGACGGCGAUCCCUCUUAGUGUGGAUCUGUGGAUACAUUACAUUAAUCUCCUGCUUGGCACACUGAAUAUGAACCUGCCCGAGGCGACACAGCGCAUUCGCAGUGUGUUUGAGGAUGCUCUGGCUACGGCAGGCUGGGACUGGCAUUCAGACCGCCUGUGGGACCUGUAUGCCGAAUGGGAGAAAGAACAGGGAGACUUGAAAGCCAUGACUGCAGUCUAUGACCGUGCGAUAAGAGUGCCCACCCAGCUCUACAGAACCCACUAUGAAAAAUUAAAGGCUCAUUUAACGUCAAGUCCACUCCAGGAUGUGCUGAGCCCCGAGGAAUAUGAGACGGUGCAGGCUGAGAACAGGGAGAAUCAGAUUCAGGCUAGGAAAGAGGGAGCUGAUGAUACAGCUGGCGGGGAAGAGGAGGAGAGGCCGCCCGGUGAGGACGAACCUGCUAAUGAUUCGGAAGAGGCAGUGCAGAAAAUGCGUGAGCUGAUCUUGGCCAUCAGAGAGGAAACGUAUCAGCAGAAUGAAGCAGAGGUCCGGAAGAGAUGGAAUUAUGAAGAUGCGAUUAAGAGGCCAUAUUUCCACGUGAAGCCAUUGGAUCGAACCCAGCUGAAAGCCUGGCACACCUACCUGGACUGGGAGAUAGCUGAAGCUGAAGCAGCAUGUGCAGUCCCUGAGGGGGCGAAUGUGGAAGGUCAGGAAUGUUCAGAGGUCAAAGAGGGCAUCGCUGGCCAUAGGAGAGUGCAGAUUCUGUUUGAGCGCUGCCUCAUUGCUUGUGCACUCUAUGAGGAGUUCUGGGAUAAGUAUGUCCAUUAUCUAGAGCCACGCAGUCUGGAGGAGGCGCGAAAUGUGUAUCGACGAGCUUGUGAAAUCCACUUGCCAUACAAGCACAGUUUUCACUUGCAGUGGUCCAUGUUUGAAGAAAGACACGGUAACAUCUCAGAGGCACAGCGAAUACUAGAAGCUCUAGAAAUGGCUAUGCCUGGCCUGGCCGUGGUGCGCAUCAGGAGGGCGGGGCUAGAAAGGAGAGUGGGUCGUCUGGAUAAGGCAGAGUCACUGCUAAGGGAGGCAGUUGAGGAGAAUAAAGAUAAGCCGCACCUUCAUGCCUUCUACUCUAUUAAACUGGCCCGCUUUCUUCACAAAUUAGCCAAGAAUCUUUCGCGGGCUCGCACCGUGCUACAAGAGGCCAUCGAGAUUAGUCCGGACAACAGUAAGCUCUACCUAAAUAUGCUAGACCUGGAGCUGUCUAGUGAUCUGCGGCUCAAUGGAGGAGGUGUCCAGCAGUGUGUAAGCAAAGCUUUAGCCGCACCUCUUUCAUCAGAUUCUAAGAUCCUCUUCUCCCAAAGAGGCCUGCAGUUUGCUGAGGAUUUUGGGACCACAGUGCAAAGUUUGCUGAGUAUUUACGAAGAUCACCAGAAGCUUUUAAAUGAUCUCGGUGCAAAGAAGCGUGGAGCAGAAAAUGGUGAUGGCGAAGAUCCGGAGAAAAUAAGUAAAAUGGACGAUGGCUCUGCUACAGCAGCAUCUCAACAAGCAGUCCCGCCUACUAUGCCCCCUGGUCCUCCUCCUCCAGUGGUGGGCGGAGACACAAGUGGUUAUGGAAACUAUGGCAACUGGUAUCAGCAGUAUGGAGGAUAUGGUGGCUACUCCAACCCCUGGAACCAGUACAACCAGUACUACCCUCCCAGUUAGGGGGCAAACAGGUUAUUUUGCAGUACUUCACAAUGCCUCACCUUUCAUACACACAUGGCAAGAUGUUUAAUGGAAGCGUGAUGACGAGCAUGAGCCGAGUCACCUUUUUUUGACCACGGAUCCACUCAUCUCGGUGCUCGUCCCGUGGUAAUGACUGGUCCAACCUGGGUCUUGUACUUAGUACUUCUUCUGGACUCUCAGAUAAGAUUCAGACUGAAUUCUAUCAGCCUUUUAAACAGUGUCUCUCUGUGGAUGUUUUUUUCUCAGUAUUAUAAAAACAAUGUUUUAAGCUUUUAACCUGUCAUAAGUGUACAUGUCUGCAUCAAGGCAUGCAAGGAGUAAGCUAGCUCAUGUUAAUUGUGUGCAUGUGUAAAAGUUAAUAGUUGGACAGCAAUGCAACAAAACGCACGUUGUACAAUAGGGUUGUUGCUGUGUCAUGGUUUCAUGGGUAGAUCUGAUACUUAGCUUGCUGCCAACUGUCUUUACUCCAGUUUCUUUUAAGCCAGCUGUGACACAAAUAUUUCUCAAAUUACCUCAUUUGGACUCUGUGUAAAUCAGAUUUGCAGCAACUUCCGUUUGUCCACCUGCAUUAAAAAGGCUUUGUCCUUGUAAUGUUACUGUGGUAAAAAGCUGACCAAAAUCAAACAGCAAUAUAUUUUCGUCCACUGUCUUCAGUUUAUAACACGAAUACAAAUCACGUAAAAAAAAUAAAAAAAGGUUUUAUAUUUGCAAGGCUGUUCUAAGAAACUAAUACUCUCUAAAAGAAAAAAUAUUGCUUGCAUGAUUUUUAAUCUUUUUAUGGAAUCAUUGUUUCAUAAAUCGGUCUUAAAAUUGUCGUAUUUUUAGACUAGCAUACCAUCAUGACCAUUUUAAACUGUAACAACUUAUUGUACACUCAUGCUUUACUUACAUAAAGGUGCUGGUUUUUUUCUUUCUUCUUUAGUUUCUUUUUAAAUCAUAAUGUAAAACUUUAUUUUUUACACAAGUUGAUUUCACUGCAAAAUACAGAAUGAUGCCUGGAUGCAUUGUGUUGUUCAGAGAACACCAAUUAACAUUUAAAUUAUUUAGACAUGGACUAUUUCUUUCUAAAUCUUAAGUGGUGAAAGGUGAAAUGUUCAGAAAAUAAAAUGUGAUAGUGUUACAGGACAAAAUCUAAUAGUCAAAAUUAUAUUUACUGGACAUGCUUUGGAUGAAUAUAUGAGGUGCAGAUAACGUUGUGUAUAAGGCUUUGUUUUUUCUACGUUUUCUUUACAUGCCUGCCUUUUGAUUUAAAGAUUUUUUUGCAUCUUUUUUUUAUUUUUAUUUUUUUUAAGUGCAAUCACCCUACAGGCAUCCUUGUUUAUAUGAGGGGUGUUCAAGUCAAACCAGGACUUUUCAUUGCACAGAAUAAUAGAACACUGCUAUUGGGAUUUAAAUGACCUUUAUUGAUCUAUAUAAUCCCCUGCUACAGUAAAGCAUUUUUAGUCUUUCUCUAGUCUUUGGAUACCAUCAAGGUAGAAAGUUUUCUUACUAUAACGGAGCCAUGAUCACAUCCAAAAUGCUGCUGCUUCAUUCGGUCCCGGUGUGACUUGGAUGCUCCUCAUUUAUUUCAUAUUGUUUACCUGCAUUUGUAAUUUUUUUGCCAUGAAUAAAGAUGUCUAUUUUAGAAGA